GAAAAAAUUAGGUGAGCCUCGCAUAUGUAAAUACUAAGCGCUAUGAAAUAUUAUGUAAUUUAAGGACACAUCUGAAAUAUAUCAUGUCCAAAGUGUACAAGAAAAAAAUCAAGUCAGGAGCAACAAAAUUAUUUAAACGUGUGAAGAUGAAUCUUCCAGUAACAAAGAAAAGUAAAGAUGAUGCGAACAGAGGAGAAUGUAGUUUAGAUAUUUCAAAGGAAACAAAAAGCAUAAUAGAUAAAAUCUUAGGAGAUGUAAGCAAAAAAUCUGCCACCAAGCAAAUCAUUAUCGGUACAACAUCAGGAUGGUUGACUGGUUUUGUAACAAUGAAAGUUGGAAAAAUUGCUGCAUGUGCGGUUGGUGGUGGAAUUAUAAUAUUACAGAUUGCAGCACAUCAAGGAUACAUCAAAAUUAAUUGGGAUAAAAUUCAAAAGAAAGCUGAGAAACUAUCAGAUAAAGUGGAAGAGAAGGUGACAGGUGAAGGGCCAAGACUUAUGGACAAGGUAGGAACAUGGUGUCGAUACAAUUCACUUGUGGCAACAAGCUUCAUUGGUGGUUUCAUUAUUGGUUUAGCAUCCUGAAUAAGAAGCCAUUAGUUGUGUACAGAAACAUAGACUAACAUUAUAUAUUUAUUACUUUCAAUAUUGACAUUGUAUGUUAGAUAUUAUUUUUAUCAUUUUCAUCAUGAUCAUUGGUAUUUAAAAACCAAAGAAACACAUAUUAUUAUUUAAAUUAGUAAGAUUAUUUAAAUCGCAGAAGACUAUUUUUAUUUCAAUUUUUUAAUAUAUAAGUUUAUUAUAGCAUAUAUAUUUCAUGUAUAUGUAAUUAUAAUCUAACACUUUUAAGGUAAUGCGCAUGCAUUAAGAAGUUUUUAUACAUCUUCUAACCAUUAUACUUCAAUUAUACUGAUUAUUCGAACAUAUAUGCAAAUUUAUGCAUUAACUUUUGUGAAAAAAAAUAACGAACAUAUCAUAGUAAAUACAUUGUAAAGAGUUAGUUAUAUUGAACAAUAAAUACGAUAAUUUAAAUUUGA